AUGUCUAAACGAGGAAAUCAAAACGGAGGAAACAAGAAGAAGAAGCAAAAGAUCUAUCAUUGUGCCAAGGAAAACUCCACCAAAAGCCACCAUAAUAAAUUCAAUGUUACUCCUGGCAUGGCAGGUGUACUUGUAAUGUGUUCUCGAGGCAAAGAAAGCCGUGCAGUGAAAGAAGCUUUAGAUGUCUUGGCCAGAUACGGCGAUACACUAUAUCCUCCAGAAGAGAAUGAUGCAUCAGAAGACUCCAAUGAUGAAGAUCUCGAUUUGGAAGCAUCUAUUGCCAAGGAAGUAGCCGCACUAAAAAAGCCUGCUUCUAAGAAACGAUACAGCAAUAUCACGACAGCUACUGAUUGCGUUGCAUUCAUUCGAAUCAAUCCUCCUGUAAACCCAUCCAAAGUGGUUCAUCACAUGUUGACAGAAUUGAAAGAGACUCAAAAGUACAUGACCAGAUAUAUCUCCAGAUUUCUUCCAGUUGAAAAGACAUGCAAUGCUCAUAUCUUAGACAUCGAAGCAGCCGCUAAAGCACUAUUUGAACCUCAUUUCAGCCAGAAAGACGACCAAGGCAAUCUCAUCUCUAGAAAGUUUGCUGUGGCAUGCAGAGUGCGUAAUUGUACAAAGAUUGACCGUAUGAGCAUCAUCAAUGCCUUGGCUGCUACGGUUGGACCUGGACAUAAAGUGGACCUGCAAGAACCUGAAUUAACCAUCAUUGCUGAAGUGUGUCAGACUGUAUGUAUGCUAUCUGUUGUCGAUGAUUUCAAUGAGCUGAAAAGGUACAAUGUGGAGAGCAUUCUUGGGGCAAACCAAAAGAACGAUGCGCCUGCUGUUCCUGCCGAUACUGCUGAUACUACUGCUACUACUAGCACCACGAAAGAGGCUGAGAGUGAGGCUGAUAAAAAUGCUGAAAUCAACGAAUCAUCCUAA